CUAUGCCAUUCUUUAAACUUUUUUAAACCCUCCAAAUCAAUUAUAUUUUGUUAAGCUAAAUACAUUCGACUAGAUAUCAACCAUGCUUAAAGAUUGCCUCCCAGGGCGAUUGAUCGUCCCGACCGUCAUUUCGUUGAUUGGCUUUAUCGGCAUCUCAGCUCAAAUAACUUGUUACCAGCAAUUAUUUCAAAACUCCUCCUACACUUUGGCAGUAUUCGUACCUCUCAAUGCCAUCGUCGUUUUGCUAUUGAUUAAUUAUGCUUUGGUUUGCAAUACCGACCCAGGCGCUGUACCUACCAAUUGGGUCCCCCCUGCUCAACAACCAAGUUUCGAAGUAAAGAGAUCAAAUUAUAAGCCUCGGUUCUGUCGAACGUGCAAUAACUAUAAAUCAGCUCGCUCGCAUCAUUGUAGCACUUGCAAAAGAUGCGUCUUAAAAAUGGAUCAUCACUGUCCCUGGAUAAAUAAUUGCGUUGGAUACGCAAAUUACGGUCAUUUUAUCCGUUUUCUAUUUUACGUCAACAUUGCGAACGUGUACAUCGUUACUCUUCUCGCUUUUUCUAUCGCCGACAUGAUAAAGAAUAUGCAUGAGCAACCUAUUGUGUUAAGCAGACUGGUGAUCAUGGGGUUGGACUUGCUCUUAGAUCUUCCCAUCCUGGUCGCAGUAGCUGUAUUGAGUUGCUACCAUACGUAUUGUCUGUCUACCAAUACUACUACGAUAGAAGGCUGGGAAAGAGGUGAAACCGUUACUGUCAAAUACAAAGGCAAAAUUAGAAAGAUAAAGCACCCUUAUAACACUGGCAAGCUCAACAAUAUCAAAUCCGUCUUGGGCCCAAAUGCGUUGCUUUGGGCUUUGCCUCAACAAAUGAAAGGUGAUGGUCUCCUAUUUCCCAUCAAUCCCAAGUUCUCGCUGGUAGAAGAAGAGAUGGCUAUACCCACAAACUCCUCAGAGUUGUCAACUACCACUCUGAAUGCGCCACAAGAUACCCAUAUUGAUAUACACGAAAAGCAUCACAAUAUGUUUACAGACUCGAAUACAUCUCCACCAUCUCCUGUACCUCUUACACCUGCAUCUAUUCGAACUUUUGCGUCAUCGUCAACAUUGGUCGAUCAUCGAGCACACGAACGUAUAUCCGAAUGCGAUGACUACGAACUUUCUAAAGUGUAUUGAUGUGUAUGAGAAUCUCCUCCUCUUUUCAAAAUCUGAAUCAGCUACUCUUCAGUAGCCAACUCUGUUGCUAGUGUAUAUUUCCUUCUCUCUAUUUAUUUUUUCUAUACUACCCGGCUGUCAUCAAGUCACAAGGCAGAAAAGAAAAAUUUCCAA